AUGACUGGUGGCAGCAAGUCAGAAUCCACGCCUACCGAACAUAACGCUGUUGCAAAGGAGAUUAUGCUGAGUGUGUCUUUUGGGGAUGAUGUGUCUCCAAUGUCUUGGCAGUCCUUUUCAUCGCAUUUCUCUUUGGUCAAGCAAGCAAACUUACUACGAGGGGUACCGUCUUGGCGCGACGCAGGAUAUCGGGCCCUCAUGCUGAGAUUACAAUUUAGGGGACCAACAGCCAACUAUGUGGAGCAACAGGCGUUACAGGACCCUGAGUGGGGUAAGGACGAUGUUGCAAUUAUGGACAGACUUGCGCAGCGUAUUCUCACGGCGGAUGCAAUUGAAGUAAGGAUUCUGAGGUUUGAGGAAUCUAUACAGUUGCAGGGUGAGAGUCUGAGUGAUUAUAUGACUCGUUUGCAACUGUUGGCAGGUCAAGCAUUUGCUAAAGAACCAGCUGAUAUUGUACGGAAGCGUGUUGUAUGGCGAUUUCUCUCUGGGUUGCACGAUGCAGAUGUUCGAUCCCAAUUGAUUAGAGAGAAGUGGAUGGAGUCAGAGGAGACUGCCAAGUCGUAUGAUGAGGUGGUGAAAAUUGCAUUGGCAGCAUUGUCUACUAAACGAGCAACUAAAGCAACAGGACCUAGGAAUCCCAGUGUCCAUGUGAAUAAAAUUGAGGGUACGUCCAAUGUUUGUUUGAUGGAGGACACACCGGAAACUAUGGAGGUUGUAACUAGUGGAGAGGAGAUUGGGGAACUAGAGCCCAGUGUGGUAGGAUAUGAUGGCAACCAUAGCCUUUUAAGUUCAAUUGAGGGGAAAAGAGGAAAUUUCAUCGUUGGAGAGUCUCUUACUUUUGAGCAGAAAGAGGAAAUGGACAAGGUACUUCAUGAGUUCAAGAAUGUUUUCUAUAAUGGAGGCUCACUGCCGCUGGUACAGGUAGGGGUGGAGCACACAAUCAGAGUUAACCCAGAUUCAGCACCAAUAGCAAAUAGACCGCGGCGGUUGUCACCUGCUUUGGAGGCAGAAGUCAAGAAGGAGCUAAGCAAACUUCAGGAUAUGGGUGUAAUAAAGAAAUCAUGUAGCCCUUGGGCAGCUCCUAUUGUUUGCGCUCGUCGAGCUGAUGGAAGCCUUCGGUUGGCUAUUGAUUAUAGGGGAGUAAAUAGCGUGUCCCAGCCAGCAACAUUGCAUCCAAUUCCUGUGGUCGAGGAUCUUCUUGAUAGACUUGGUCAGGCAAAAUACUUUUCAGUGCUUGAUGCAAAGUCUGGAUACCAUCAGAUGCCUCUUCGGAAGGAGGAUUGUGAGGUCUCGGCCUUUGUAGUCCCAUGGGGGCAGUUUGAAUGGCAUGGUAGAACUCCUUUUGGUCUGAAAGGGGCAGGUUAUACGUUUCAACGGAUGAUGGCUACAAUACUCAGUGAUUGCAACUAUACGGAUGCAUUGUGUUAUCUCGACGACAUACUGGUCUGGGGUUCAACAUGGAAAGAACACAUAGCAAGGCUCAGAAAUGUGUUGAGCAGGAUUCGUGAUGCUGGUCUUGCGCUAGCCCCGAAUAAGUGUAAAUUUGGGGUGCGUGAAGUGGAGUAUCUGGGUUCCGUGGUUGGUGAUGGCAUGCUUCGCAUUAGUGAGCAAAGAGUUCAUCAACUGAGGGAUCUUCCUAGGCCUUUGACUGUCAGGCAGUUGCGUCAGGCCAUUGGGGCAUUUUCUUAUGUGCAAAAAUGGAUUCCAGGGAUGUCACAGACUGCUAAGCCCCUCUGUAAAUACUACGACUACAUUUACUCCCACAUGAGCUCGUCUAUGGACUCCGGCUCGACGUCCAGAGGAGAUUCUAAAAAGGAAACUUGCAAAGAUGAGGAUUAUCAACCGGGCUCUUUGGAUAAUGCAGCAAUCGCAGAAAGAUUUGUGAGAGAGAAAGUAGAGAAAAUUGAGAAAACUAUUAAGGUCGCACGGAACAAGACUGCAAUGGCACAACAGAUUAGGAGUAACCAGCGGAAGUCUUACGGCAAAGCUUUCAAAGUUGGAGAUUUGGUUCGAUUGAAGUUAUCGACAGCUGAGAGACGCCGUUGUGGAGGUGGUAAACUUGCACCAUAG